AUGAAGACCUUUUACUUCAGCAACAAAUUUCCCUCAGAUGACCUCUCAGAUCUAUUCCGACGCCUGAGGUUACAGUCUAAAUCCCCAAAGCAUGUCAUUCUGGGGCGAGUAGUGGAAGAGGCAACAGCGCUCGUGCGAGACGAGAUCACUCGGCUUCCGGCUGAGUUGAGGUCCCUCUUGCCCCCUUUUCAAUCCAUUCUUGACCUUGCGGAGAACUUUAACUGGCACCAAGGGCCUCUGUCAGGGACAUUUGAAUGUGUAUUUUUGGUUCUUGUACCACUAUGCCUUUUUGUCGGUCAGCCCCAUGCGUUCAUCUUUCACCGUGAUACAUCAUUGUUCACUGGACUUGGAUUGGGAUUCUUAGCUGCUACAGCGAUUGUUGCAUCUCCCUCGCUAUGUGAUGUACCGUCCACGGCGGCGGAAGUGAUCCGCAUCGCAAUGAGAACAGGCCUUUUGCUAUAUCAUAGGUCCCAGGAUCUCGAACCACAGGCAUUGGAUAGUCCGCUUGAGAGUUGGGCUACGGUUGUCAAAGGUAUGGACGAGGUGGCUGUAAGAGAAGAGCUUGAUAUGUAUAACACAACCAUGGGCAUUCCACAACCAAGCUCAAUUUACAUCAGUGUCGUGGAACCAGAUGGCAGUAUAUUCAUAAACGCUCCACCAUCCAAGCUUCGCAGAUUCUUCAACACGACUGGGCCAGUGCAGUCGGCACCGCAUGCUCCAUUACCGGUUUAUGGAGGACCCUGCCACGCACCGCACUUGUACGGCCACAGCCACAGCUCAUGGGUUGUUGAGAAAUGCCGUGCACAGAUUGCCUCCCGUGAUUUAUCGAAUGCCGCCUCUCUUCUCUCAAUGGGGGAUGGCAGGCCUCUGGAAUAUGUUACAGUAUUGGAACUCUUCGAGUCUGCUACAUAUGUUCUACUAACAAGCACCAUUCGCUGGGGGAAUGUAUUGGAUACUAUAAGGCGGUCCACAGUAUGGGAGAAGGAUAGAGAACUGCACCUUGAGGUGUUUAGGCCUUCUCCUGUCGUAGAGGGCCUAUUAUCUGCAGUUCAAGGCGAUGAACCCGAUUGCACUGUCUAUGUCGUGGAUCUUGUAGAGUGGAUCUUCAAUGACACCUGCAUUGGAUCACAUAAUAUUGCCGAAAGGAUUGCCGUAGUUGGCAUGUCCUGCCGAUUGCCUGGUGGAGCUAACGAUUUGGAGUUAUUCUGGGACAUGCUUAUGGAAGGCCGUGACGUCCAUAAGAAAGUCCCACCAGACCGAUACGACGUGGACAGCCACACGGAUAUCACAGGGAAGAGCCCAAAUACGAGCCACACCCCCUUUGGUUGCUUUGUAGACAGCCCAGGGCUUUUCGAUGCCGGCUUCUUCGACAUGUCGCCCCGUGAGGCAGGUCAAACGGAUCCCACACAUCGUCUUGCGCUUCUUACCGCCUUUGAAGCUCUUGAACAGUCCGGUUAUGUCCCUGAUCGCACUCGCUCUACUACACGAGAGAGAAUAAGUACAAUCUAUGGCCAGUGCUCCGAUGACUACCGUGAAUGCAACGCAGGGCAGGAAAUCGACAUGUACUUCAUUCCGGGCAAUUAUCGUGCUUUUGCUCCGGGUCGGAUAAGUUAUUUCUUUAAAUUUUCUGGGCCGAGCUUUAAUGUCGACACUGCGUGCUCUGCGAGCUUAGCUGCUAUCCAGAUAGCUUGCUCGGUGUUGUCGCGCGGUGAAGCAGACAUGGUGGUCGCUGGGGGGCUGAACAUCUUAACUGGGUCGGAUAGUUUUGCAGGUCUCAGCAAGGGGUUCUUUUUAUCGAAAACGGGAAACUGCCGGGUGUUUGAUAAUGCUGCAGAUGGUUACUGUCGGGGAGACGGAAUAGGGUCCAUUAUACUGAAACGAUUGUCCGAUGCCCAACAAGACAAUGACCAUAUUUUCGGCGUGAUUCUGGGCAGUGCGACUAAUCACUCUUCGAAUGCAAUAUCACUUACGCAUCCACACGCUCCUACACAAGCGAAUCUCUUUCAUUCGGUCUUGAGGGAGGCUGGUGUCCGCCCACAAGACGUAGAUAUGGUUGAAAUGCAUGGCACCGGCACUCAGGCAGGCGACGCGGCAGAGAUGGAAUCUGUUACGAAGGUCUUCAGCCCAUAUAUGCCUCGGCGGCCAUACCCGUUGUACAUCUCGUCUGUCAAAGCCAACCUAGGCCAUGGGGAGGCGGCAGCUGGCAUCACUGCACUCAUUAAGGCGCUUUUGAUAUUUAAGCAAAAUACGAUUCCUCCACAGGUUGCCUUCAAAACAGUCAUGAAUUCCAAGUUCCCAGAUCUCAAGAAGCUGAAUGUGCAUAUCCCCAUGGAAAGCGUUCCCUGGCCCCGCCGGCCGGAUCGCAAACGAUAUGUCAUGGUCAACAAUUUCAGUGCAGCGGGAGGAAACACCAGUCUUCUACUAGAAGAGCCUCCCGUUACUCCAGAUUCUAAGGGAUGUCCUCAGACGACAUUCGUGGUCGCUGUGUCAGCUAAGGGCACAGAUUCUCUCAGGGGGAAUCUUGGCAGACUUAUUGCUUGGAUUAAGUGCGAACGCUUGGUGGAUAUUGCAAGUCUGGCCUACACUACCACUGCCCGUCGCAUGCAUCACAAGUACCGCAUUGCCGUUCACUGCUCCUCAACUCAGGAGGUAAUCGAAUCGCUAGAACAACGCUUGACCACGAUAGAGGCCCAGCACAUGAUUAAGAAGUCACCAUCAAUUGGGUUUGUUUUCUCUGGUCAAGGUAGCUUCUAUCAGGGCAUUGGCCGUCAACUGUUCGAGGAGUAUCCCCCUUAUCGCAAUGAGAUUUGCCGACUGGACGAGAUCUGUAUAUUCCAUGGCUUUAACUCAAUUCUUCCCAUGAUCACCAGCCAGAGGUCAGACGUGCUGGAUGUCACCCCUCUCAUGACACAACUAGUGUCAGUAUGCGUGCAAAUCGCCUUGUGCCGCUUAUGGAGAGCGCUUGGCGUAACCCCGGACGUUGUUGUGGGAGCCAGUCUAGGCGAAUAUGCCGCGCUCUAUUCUGCUGGAGCGUUAUCAGCAAGUGAUGUGAUCUAUCUUGUUGGUCAGCGUGCCUUACUCAUGCAAAAUAUGUGUACUAUGAACAGCCAUGCCAUGUUGGCUGUCAAGGCGACUGUUGAUGAAAUUCGACACGCUGUUCAGAGCAACAUAUAUGAGUUCGCUUGUAUAAAUGGGCCUCGCGAUGUCACUCUCGCUGCAUCUGUCCAAGACAUCAAUGACAUCCAACAGAUGUUGGGGUCGCAUGGAUAUCGUGCUGUCAAGUUGAAUGUUCCCUUUGCAUUUCACUCUUGUCAAAUCGAACCCAUCUUGAAUCUUUAUGACAAUAUCACUCAGUCGGUCACCCCCCGGGAUUUCAAGGUACCCCUAAUUUCACCGCUCCUGGGUGCCGUUAUCUUUGACGGCAUGGCAUUACCAUCUUCGUAUCUUCGUGAUAGCACGAGAGGGACUGUCCGAUUUGCCGAUGCGAUUGUAAAAGCUCAAGAGAUUGGGAUUGUGGACUCCAAGACAGCCUGGGUGGAAAUCGGCGUCCAUCAAAAUUACUCCAGUGCUAUGAGGGCGAACAUCCCGAAUCUCGAAGUAAUGGUACCAAGCUUAAGGUCCGAUGAAUGCAACUGGCAUACGUUGGCCGUCAGCAUGUCUAUUUUACACGAAUCGGGGGUCCCCCUUAACUGGAACGCGUGGUAUCGGCCUUUUGAGUCGGAGCUACGCCUGCUAAGCCUACCCUCGUAUCACUGGAAUUUAAAGAAUCAUUGGAUCCAGCAUAACGGAGAUUGGCUACUGGCGAAAGACAAAAUGGGGGCGACUAGAAGUAAAAGCCUCCCAUAUCCUGCUCCAGCACCCUUUCGCACCGCUCUGGUGCAUCAAGUCAUUGAGGAAUCAUUCUGGCAGGACGGCGGGUCGAUCGUUUUCCAGUCUGAUGUGAUGAACAGUGAUUUCUAUGCCGUUGCUGCCGGGCACAGGAUGAGUGGGCGUCCACUCAUAUCGGUGUUGGCUUACACUGACAUCGCCCUAACUUUGGCGAAAUAUAUGUAUUCUCGACUCAACCCUGGAUCACGACUACCGGCGAUGGACUUUGGUCAAGUACGGGUUUUCCAGGGUUUGAUUCCGCGAAAGGAUCGAUCCAAACCCCAAUAUGUCCGAAUGCGCAUGCAAGCAGACAAGCGCGCCGUGAUGCCGCUGUCACUGCAUCGAGUUCUGGAUGGGAACAUCAUCGAGGAGGAUUUAGCCACAGGAGUCAUAAUAUGUGGAGACCCUCAAGCAUGGCUAGAAGAAUGGGCCGCUUACUCCCACCUACUGACAAGCCGGAUUGAGACGCUGCAUCAACUAGCAGAUCAAGGGAAAGCCAGCCGCGUAUCGAAAGAUCUAGUGUACACCCUUUUCAAGAAUGUAGUUGACUACGCUGAGCAGUACCGUGCCAUUCAAUCUGUGGUCAUGUACGGCCUGGAAGCAGUCGCGGACGUGAUUCUGGCUCCCAGCAACGAUGGCCAAUGGACGGCACCCCCUCAUCAUAUCGACCCGAUUACACAUGUCGGGGGUCUCGUCCUGAAUGCUGGACCAGCCACUGAUCACACGAAUACCAUCUUUGUCAUGGAAGGGUGGGAAUCCAUGCGAUUUGCCACUCCUUUGGUGGCGGGGCAGCUAUAUCGCUCGUACGUCAAGAUGAACCCUGCUAAAGACAACUCUGGGUUCUUUACAGGCGAUGUUUAUGUACUACAGGGGGAUUGUGUAGUCGCAAAGGUUCGUGACAUGACGCUUCGUUCACUGCCCCGUAUUCUUAUGAGCCGGUUUUUUGACCCGCCGGACGGUCUGUAUGGGCAAGGGGCUCAACAGGAGUCUUCUUCCACCGUCGCAUCGGGGUCAGGGCGCAUAAGUGCAACAACCAAUACAGAAUCCACACCGUCCCAGCAAGGUGACUCAGAGAGCGCGUUGCUCAUUUCUCCAGACAGCGAGGUGAAGCCUCCAGAGAUAUUACCCGAGGCGAAGGGUAAAAGCAAUCUUGUCCGUGACGCUGUAACCCUUAUUGCGUCUGAAACUGGGGUUGAGCUGGACAGUCUGACAGACGAGACAGAAUUUUCGGCUCUCGGAAUAGAUUCCCUUCUAUCACUGGUACUGGCGGAGAAGUUUGGAAUUGAAUUGAACUUUGAGAUACAAGGAUCUUUCUUCCUUGAAUGUCAAAAGAUCGGUGAUCUCAAGGCAUAUCUUAUGGCCUAG